AGACCAUGUGAAGGCAAUGGAAGAAAGGAAAUUGCUUCAUAGUCUUUUGUCUAAGUCACAGAAAGGACUGCCACCUAGGAGAAUGAAGGACAGCUAUAUUGAAGUUCUCUUGCCUUUGGGCAGUGAGCCUGAAUUACGAGAGAAAUACUUGACUGUUCAGAAUACAGUAAGAUUUGGCAGAAUUCUUGAGGAUCUUGACAGCUUAGGAGUUCUUAUAUGCUACAUGCACACUCAAAAUCAUUCUUCUAAGAUGUCUCCUUUAUCAAUAGUUACAGCCCUGGUGGACAAGAUUGAUAUGUGUAAGCAGAGCAUAAGCCCAGAACAGGACAUUAAGUUCAGUGGCCACGUUAGCUGGGUUGGGAAGACAUCCAUGGAAGUGAAGAUGCAAAUGUUCCAGUUGCACAAUGAUGAAUUUUGCCCUGUUUUGGAUGCAACGUUUGUAAUGGUGGCUCGUGAUUCUGAAAAUAAAGGGCCAGCAUUUGUAAAUCCACUCAUCCCUGAAAACCUAGAGGAAGAAGAGCUGUUUAAACAAGGAGAGUUGAACAAGGGGAGAAGGAUUGCCCUCAGCUCUACUUCAUUACUGAAGAUGGCUCCCAAUGCUGACGAGAGGAGCACCAUACAUGAAAUGUUUCUCAGUACACUGGAUCCAAAGACUAUAAGUUUUCAGAGUCGAAUUUUGCCCCCUAAUGCAGUGUGGAUGGAGGAUACAAAACUGAAGAGCUUGGAAGUUUGCCACCCUCAGGAGCGGAACAUUUUCAAUCGGAUCUUUGGUGGUUUUCUCAUGAGGAAAGCAUAUGAACUUGCAUGGGCUACUGCUUGUAGCUUUGGUGGUUCCCGAGCAUUUGUGGUAACAGUGGAUGAUAUCAUGUUUCAGAAGCCUGUUGAAGUGGGCUCAUUGCUCUUUCUUUCUUCACAGGUAUGCUUUACUCAGAACAAUUACAUCCAAGUCAGAGUACAUAGUGAAGUGGCCUCUCUUCAGCGCAAAGAGCACACGACCACCAACGUCUUUCAUUUUACAUUCAUGUCGCAAAACGAAGUGCCCAUGGUGUUACCCAAAACAUAUGGAGAGUCCAUGCUGUAUUUAGAUGGGCAGCGUCAUUUCCACUCCAUGAGUGUCCCGGUGGCCUUGAAAAAGGACUACGUUGUGGAGCCCUAGGAAAACCUCACUUGUUGCAAAUCAGCACUCCACUGACAUAGUGCCUGAUGAAGGCCCAAUCAAGUUUAUUGGUUUUAGCAUCCUCCAUAGAGGAGGUUGUAUUCAUUCAGCUUUUAGGAUGAUCAGAAAAGAGAGGGAGAGUGGCUGGAUGGAGUUGAGGGUACAAAGAGUUACUAAACAAUAAAUACUUUCAAAAC